AUUUGAUUGGUGAUUGCUAGGGGACGAACAGCUUCUGAGCAACCGCUACCGUUACACCUCUAAUUCAGGGCAAAAGCAAUCAUUUUUCGUCCCCCUGUAUAGCACAGUGUAAUCCCUGCAUGGGGACAUCUGUACCGAGAUAUAUUUUGGUUUUUGAAUGUAGCUAAACCAGCGGAGACCACGUCUACUGUGUGCUUGGAUAUAUAAUGUAGCCCUUUGCAGUCGUUGUUUAUCAGGUGUGACAGUCGAAGCCGCGUCUCUGACAAGAACGCACUACAAUUUCUUAGAUUUAUCUUUGAGAUCAAGAGCUUGAAAGUGGCUGAAAUGGAUGAACAAAGUGUCGAGAGCAUUGCUGAGGUGUUUCGCUGCUUCAUCUGCAUGGAGAAACUGAGAGAUGCUCGUCUCUGCCCACACUGCUCCAAACUCUGCUGCUUCAGCUGCAUACGACGAUGGCUGACGGAGCAGAGAGCCCAGUGUCCUCACUGUCGGGCUCCACUCCAACUGAGGGAGCUGGUCAACUGUCGCUGGGCAGAGGAAGUCACCCAGCAGCUGGACACCCUGCAGCUCUGCAGUCUCACCAAACAUGAGGACAACGACAAGGACAAAUGUGAGAACCACCAUGAGAAGCUGAGUGUUUUCUGUUGGACCUGUAAGAAAUGCAUCUGUCACCAGUGUGCUCUGUGGGGAGGCAUGCAUGGUGGUCACACCUUCAAGCCUCUGGUGGAAAUUUAUGAGCAGCAUGUAACCAAGGUGAAGGAGGAGGUUGCCAAGCUCCGCCGCCGCCUCAUGGAGCUUAUCAGUUUGGUGCAGGAAGUGGAGAGGAACGUAGAGGCUGUCAGAGGAGCAAAGGAUGAGAGGGUCAGAGAGAUCCGAAACGCUGUGGAAAUGAUGAUCGCUCGUCUGGACAACCAGCUCAAGAACAAACUCAUCACCCUCAUGGGCCAAAAGACGUCCUUGACCCAGGAGACGGAACUGCUAGAGUCUCUGCUGCAGGAGGUGGAGCAUCAGCUUCACUCCUGUAGUAAGAGUGAACUCAUCUCCAAGAGCCCAGAAAUCCUGCUCAUGUUCCAGCAGGUCCAUCGGAAACCUAUGCAGUCCUUUGUCACCACCCCGGUCCCUCCAGACUUCACCAGUGAGCUGGUUCCUGCCUAUGACUCAAGCACCUUUGUUCUGGUCAACUUCAGCACCCUGAGGCAGCGGGCUGAUCCGGUGUACAGCCCUCCUCUACAGAUAUCUGGGCUCUGCUGGAGACUUAAAGUCUACCCAGAUGGUAAUGGUGUGGUCCGUGGAAACUACCUGUCUGUGUUCUUGGAACUGUCUGCUGGACUCCCUGAAACAUCCAAGUAUGAGUACCGUGUGGAGAUGGUCCAUCAAGCCUCUAGUGACCCAACCAAGAACAUCAUUCGGGAGUUUGCUUCAGACUUUGAGGUUGGUGAAUGUUGGGGCUACAAUCGCUUCUUCAGACUGGACCUCCUGGCCAGUGAGGGCUACCUGAACAUGCAGACCGACACACUGGUCCUCCGCUAUCAGGUUCGCUCACCCACCUUCUUCCAGAAGUGCAGAGAUCAGUACUGGUACAUCAGCCAGCUGGAGUCAGCCCAGAGCGGCUACAUACAGCAGAUCAACAACCUCAAGGAGAGGCUGGCCAUCGAGCUGUUUCGCCGUCAAACAUCACGCAGCUCCUCGCCCCCUGACCUGAGGCUCGCUGCAGGGACCACGGCUUCUGAAAGAGACCCUCACUCAAUGAAGAAUGACGACGACAUCCAGACCUCUUUGACCAGCCCUAAAAAAGGCGAAGAAGAAGAGAGGACGCAGCACGAUGACUCUAAUGAGCUGUCGGACGGUGACUUGGAGGUGGACUGUCUGACGGAGGAGGAGGUGAACCCGCUGGAUGGCAGCAGCACCUCAGGGAGCUCCACAGCCACCAGCAACACUGAGGAGAAUGACAUAGAUGAGGAGACCAUGUCAGGAGAGAAUGAUGUAGAUUUCAUUGGGAACCUGGAGACAGAAGAAGGAGAGCUUCCUAAUGACUUGGCUGGAGCAACAGGUGGAUCCAGCUCCAGUGUACAUUCCUUACGUCGCGGUGCUGCUGUAGGUCGUUUUGCCAGUAGUAGUGGAGCUACUGCUGGUGGUGCUGUCGGGCCAGGUAGCAGCAGCCUCCUAGAGAUUGACCCCGUCAUCCUGAUCCAGCUGCUGGAUCUGAAGGAGCGCAGCAGCGUGGAGUCUCUGUGGGGCCUUCAACCUCGGCCUCCUGUGUCCAUGCUGCACACCCAAGCUCCUCCUCAAUCCAGGAAAGAACAAGAGCGACGUCCUCAGGUGGUGCGACGAUCAGCUCCAGACUCAGGGGUCCUGAUCCGCCUCAAGGCUCAGAUGGCUGAGGUCCGCAGCAAGAUGUCUGAUGUCAAGAGUCAAGUGCUGGAGGCUCAGGGCUCCACUGAGCCCAAGCUGGGCCCAUCAGAGGCCUUCAGUGUGGAGGAGGUACCCUCUCACCAUACUGAUUCAGAGCUGUUAGCUUGUCGUAAGCCCAGUGAGCUGGACCUGUUGGGGAGACCAUCUGCAGCUCGAUCUAGGCCAUGCCGCCCUGCCAGGAAAUCUCUCUCCCCUGUCCUGGACAACUGUGGCUCUUUGGUUGUGAAGAGGAGGAGUCCAAACGAGAUGGACAGGGACCUGAGAGGAGCAGAGGCAGCCACUGAUCUCAGUCUGCAUCCUAAAGAGGGGUCAGGAGGUGCAGAAGGGGUGCUGAAGGCUGACGGCACCCAGAGCCCCCUCAUGUCUCUCAGCAGCUCAUCAUCAGAGCGGGCCUCCACCUCCAAGCAGCAGUACCCAUUGGACCAGCAGCUAUACAGAGCCUCUGGGCCCAGGGAUGACAUCUUCUCCUUGGGUGGACCAAGCUACAUGACUUCCAGCAAGAACUGUGGCAGUAGGAGCCUAGGGCCGACCAUGGUGGACUGUGAAUCUGAAGGCUCAGGAAACCCCCAUCAGUCCUUGCUGGAGGGGGCCUCUGCACAACCACAGUCAAAUGAAGAUCAGUCGCAAUCUGUCCUGGUAGCAGCAACAAGCAGUGACAGUGACACUGAGGACGAGGGCCUGCAGAGUAACAACUCUUGCUACGACAACCAGACUCUUCCGUGCACAGGUGAGCAGCUUCUGUCUGAUGACAUGAGUCUGCCAACUGACAGGUGAUUCCCUGUGAGUCUGUCAGACCUGGCAGGCCACUGCUUUAUACUCAGCGGCCACACAGUGAUGUAAUACCGGCAGGACACAACACACGUGCCAGUUACACAGAUGUGUAGAAUAGAAGCUGCUUGUAAUGCAUGAAAGUAAAAUGAAGACAAAACAGACCCAUUUCUUCAAAAACUGAAACUUUAAUGAGUAUGUAUUGACUGUUCAUAUGAACAGAUAAUAUCAGUGCCAUUAAUAUCAAUAUAAUGAAACUACCCCUUUUAAGAAGAACCAACGUAGCAUUUUUGUCACCUCCUUUAAAACUGGACUUGCACUGUAUUUCUGGUUACACUCUGCGAUUUGACUGUUCAGUGAUGACCUUGGCAGUCGCAUGUUUUUACCCUGCUGCAUUUAGCAAUGUACAUACUUUCACUUCUUUCAUGGUCACUUCAAAUAUAUUAGAGGAAAACAUGACAACUACUAUGACUGAAUCUCUAAAAAUGUUUAGGACAUAAAAACUGUUCAUGCAUCUUGUUGUUUUUAUUUUGUUCACUGGCGAUGUAACAUUUUCCCUGGUCUGCAGGACAUCUAGUCACUUUAACUUUCAGCACAAGUCAGUUACCUUCUCAGUGUGUAAAUGCUUUUGCAAAUCGGACAAAAUGAUAGGCUACAGAUUAUGUACAUCUUAUCAAUAACAGUUUAGUGUUUUAUAAUGCUGUACUGUUUAGUUGAGCCUCUCUGGGCUUCUGUUUUUACACAUACUCAUCUUCCUUCAGCUAUGUCCCUGCACCUCCCCCAGUGUUGGUGCUUGAAAGAAUUAAUUCAUUCCUCAGCCACUUAGUUUUAGUGGCACUGCAAUUUGUUGACUGCUCAGUUUGAGUGCUUCUUUGUCUGAGGUAAACCUGUAGUGUUCAAUGAGCUUUUCUGGUUAUUUAUGUAGAUGUCUUCACUCUUUAAUAACAGUAUCAUCAGCAACUACAAUGUGUGUCUGUUUGACAUUUGAAAAGGCUAAAUCAUGUCUGAAUCACAUGGAUUAUAAAAUGCAACUCUGUUUCUUUCUGUGGGCAUGCAGCAGAACUGACACCAUGACAAAGUUCACACUUGAGUGUUUUUGCUUCAACAUCUGCUUGGACAGCACUGACUGGAGCAAGAGCAGCUUGCACGAAUGCUUGCACCCACAGAGAGCUUCUGCACUAGCUUAUGUGCUACAGAAAUGAGAAUUAUUAAUUUAAAGGACCAUCUGAGCUCCUUUAUAUAAAGAUGCAUCUUCUAGCUGGCUAGCUUAGCAUAAAGAUUGGAAUUUAGUUUCCAGCUAACCUACCUCUGUCCACAGCUAACAAAAUGAUCUGCUCAUCUCUUCAGUUCCUAUUGUGCUGGCAUGGCAUUAGUCUCUCUUUCAGACUUAAAUUAACACUGAAUAAAACAGCACUGCUCUGUACAGGUACAAACUCUGAGACAGGUUGUACAUUUGGCCGCAGUCAGUGAUGUCAGAGUAGUUCUUUUCCAUCAGCCGUCAGUGCAAAAAUACCUCUAUUCCAUUUUAACAUUAUAUAUUUUGACUUUUCACAAUAGGAAAGUGUGACACUGAACCAAUGCAAUCACCAAGGCCCUAUAGAAUGCAGCUUUAACUAAUCCGAUUAGUAACACCUGCACUUUUCCUACAUGUAAAAUGUCUGCCGUGAAGGAAGUAUAUACCUACUUUAUGUUCAGUGCUGAAAGGCACAGCUAAGCAUUCUUAAGGUGUCUGUUCAUCCAAAUUGAAAAAAGAAAAAACAAUCUCAGUUCCUUGGAGUGCUCUCUGGCAAUGGAGGUUGUUGUGAUUUUGGGAUUUCUGCCCCCAUACCAAUAUAAUGAAGGUCAGUGUGAGGCUAAAACUGCAGCAAUGAUUGUUUUCUUUAUUAUUUGUCCAAAUUAUUUAUCAUCUAAAAGUAAGAAACUUAGAAAAAUAGUAUUUUAGUAGCUGGAACCACAGUUUUUUUUUCUUCAUAAAAAUCUAAAAUAUGCUGUAGAUACAUUUUUUUGUUGAACAGUUUUCUUUGUGGAGCUCUGGAAAGUGACAUUUUGGCACUGGUUUUCAAUCCUGCAUAGAACAAACAGUGAAAUACUUGGAACUCUUCAAUAGAAAGCCUUUCUAAUGAAAACUGUGAUGUGCAUCUCUGAAAAGAAUUUUUUUCACUAAUUAAAUUCCAGCUGUAGUGUAUUGUCAGGGAGGAAUAUAUUUCAGACUGAAAUCUUAAACCUGGACAAAAUAAAAAGCUCAGUUCUCAGAACCUGAAAACAAAGGUUUUAAAAAUAUAUGUAGUUAUGUAACAUGUCCUCCACUGUGCUGACCGCUCACUCCUUCACUGGAUUUUCUUCAUGGAUAGAUCAUUUUUCACCUCAGUGCUCCCACCAAACAUAGCAAACACAUGUCAGAGGUUGCUGCAAAAUAGUUGACAUUGUUGGGAGAAAAUGUGUUUAGGGAAAGGUCACAUUGACCUGCUGUGUUAUAAGAAGUAGAGCCUUUCCUCUUCACUGAGCCAUAAACUUAUUUUGAAGCACACUUAAAUCUUUAGAUCAAAGAAAUAAUACCUAGUGUACACUUCUACAGUCUUUAGUUUACUUUGUAAAUAUCUUGGCAUGGUAUAAUAAAAUUGUAAGAGCUUGCUGUUCAUGUCCCUGAAAAUGCAUGUCUUUAGUGACUGGACUGAAAGAGGAGAAACAUGUUGUCAAACUGAAAUACACCAGAGUGAUGUGAUGUUUGAAAUAUAUUCACCUUAAAAUUCCAGUCCAGUUGAUUGUAUUUUUCCCCUUUCUUAGAUUGUUGCUUCACACAUCCAUGUCUAUGAUGGAGGCAUGGGAAAGAGCAACCAGGCUCUACUUAGUUGUGCUUGUUGUGUCAAAGGCUGCAUUAUUUCAUGUGCGUUUUCUUUUUGUGUAAUAAAUAUGUUUUAAGACCCUUGAAA